AUGCUCGUCUUCGAACUUCCGACUACCGGCUCCGUGUCCUUUCAGGACAUCAUCAUCGACCCAAGUAGUGCGUACGGCGCACGUUUAGAUGGAGCAUCAAGUGCACGCGCUAGUGUCAGAGCGAUCCUCAAGGAAAGCAAACGAUCCGGAGAUCGGGACUUCCUCAAAGUGCUGAAGGUUCUGGAUGAUUAUCUCCCCCAUCUUUAUGCUGUCAUUGCUUGCAUAGAGUCUGGUGAUCUUGUCCUUCGCAACCCGGCUCCCGCCUUCAGCUGGAGGUCAACGCUUUCGUCAAACGUAUUCAACAAUUCCCCUCGACACAACUUUUAUGGGUUUCAAUCGGAACUCGCCUUCGUCCUGCUCACGUACGCAUUUUCCCUGAGUAACACUGCCGCGAAUGAAGUGAAGUCACUUGGGGCCUACGAACGGGAGCGACAUUCGCCAGCAGAUGAGCUUGAGGCCAAGGGAAAGCGCCUGAACUUGGCGGUUUCCCUUCUGACCAGGAGUAGUGGGGUCUUCAGUCACAUAGCCGACACAGUACUAGUGGCACUUAGCAAGGAAUCAGAUAGAGGAAAAUCGAACCCUAGUGUGGCAGAUCUUAAUAAGUCCGUUAUUCAGGCGCUGUCGAAGCUUGUCCUGGCCGACGCUCAAAUGCUUGCCGUGCGGAAGCUGCUGUCAAAGUCUGCGGCGGAUGCGGCGUUUUCUCCCGGCCCUCCCCUUCCUAGUUCUCACCCUAAGCCCAGUCUGCUCGCCAAGCUGCUCGUGGAGGUCUCUUCGUGGUAUCAAUCAGCCACUGGUAUGCUGAACCCCGGUUCUGGCAGCAAGUUGUCCGGCAGGGUAGGAAAUGGGGAAGCAGAAGUCUCUGCGGACCUCCGGAUGUAUGUCAAGAAUGAAAGUUCGUUCGCGAAAGCAUUAGUCCAUAAAUGGUCAGGAGUGGAUCGAGGAGAAAGCGGAAAGCCAGGAGAAGCCAUCGCAUACUUAUCUUGGGCAAUUGAAGAGCUUGACGAGGCAAAGGAUCACUCCCGGAAGAUACCAACCAUAGCUCCGCAAGAUAAAGACAGAGCUAAUCGUAAGGAGAGAAUUGCGGACGAGUUGGCCAUCGUCGCGCUUUUUCUUGAUACAUACAAGCAGGAGAACAAUACCAUUCAUUUUCAAAAAGUACCCUCAAGAGCAGAACUGAGCCAGUUUAUGUCUGGAUCAGCGGUAGUAGAACCAAAACCUUUCACUCCUACACCUUUAGCCCCCCAGACAGCUGGGCUUCCUGGAGACCGCGAGGAUGAAAAAGGAAAGGGGAUUGCGACGAACGCUAAUUAUGAGGGUGCCGGCGCAUAUUUCUAG